AUGGCGCUCGCCCGCUGCGUGCUGGCUGUGAUUUUCGGGGCACUGCCCGCGGUGGCCGGCGCUGAUCCCGCCUCGCCCUCGCCCCUGCGCCGCCCGCCCUCGCCCCUGCACCGCCCGCAAACGUCCCCGCCGCAUCCCCAACACGCGCGCUACCUUCCCAGCCCGCGGCGGCCACCGAGGACCCCGCGCUUCCCGCUCCCGCCAGGGGUACCCGCUGCCCAGCGCCCGCAGGUCCUCACCGCCCGGCACACGCCCCCAGGGCUCCCACGCGGCUGCGGGGCAGGAGAGCUGUGGGGCAACACUACCGACCUCGGCGUCCCGUGUCUGCACUGGGCAAAGGUGCCGCCCUUCUUGGAGCGGUCGCCCCCGGCUAGCUGGGCUGAGCUGCGAGGGCAGCCACACAACUUCUGCCGGAGCCCUGACGGCGCGGGCAGACCUUGGUGCUUCUACCAGAACGCCCAAGGCAAAGUGGACUGGGGCUACUGCGAUUGUAGUCAAGUCCGGCUGUUGCCUGUCAUUCGCCUUGCUGGUGGGAAUAGUGGGCAUGAAGGUCGAGUGGAGCUGUACCACGCUGGCCAGUGGGGGACCAUCUGUGACGACCAAUGGGACGAUGCCGACGCAGAAGUCGUCUGCAGGCAGCUGGGUCUCAGUGGCAUUGCCAAGGCAUGGCAUCACGCACAUUUUGGGGAAGGAGCUGGCCCAAUAUUGUUGGAUGAAGUGCGCUGCACAGGAAAUGAGCUGUCAGUUGAGCAGUGUCCAAAGAGCGCCUGGGGAGAGCAUAACUGUGGCCAUAAAGAAGAUGCUGGAGUGUCUUGUGUCCCUCUAACAGAUGGGGUCAUCAGACUUGCAGGAGGGAAGAGUGGUCAUGAAGGUCGCUUGGAGGUAUACUACAGGGGGAAGUGGGGAACAGUCUGUGAUGACGGAUGGACUGAGACAAACUCACACGUGGCUUGUCGACUGCUGGGAUUUAAAUACGGCAGACAGGCCUCUGUAAACCACUUUGAAGGCAGCAAUGGGCCCAUAUGGCUGGAUGACGUCAGCUGCUCAGGAAGAGAAGCCAGCUUCCUCCAGUGUGCCAGGAGACAGUGGGGAAAGCAUGACUGCAGCCAUAGGGAAGACGUGGGCCUCACCUGCUACCCUGGCAGUGAGGGACACAGGCUUUCUCCAGGUUUUCCUAUCAGACUAAUGGACGGAGAAAAUAAGAAAGAAGGACGAGUGGAGGUUUUUGUCAAUGGCCAAUGGGGAACAAUUUGCGAUGAUGGAUGGACCGAUAAAGAUGCAGCUGUGAUCUGUCGGCAGCUUGGUUACAAGGGUCCUGCCAGAGCAAGGACCAUGGCUUAUUUUGGGGAAGGAAAAGGACCCAUCCACAUGGAUAACGUGAAGUGCACAGGAAGUGAGAAGUCCCUGGCGGACUGUGUCAAACAGGAUAUUGGAAGGCACAACUGCCGCCACAGUGAGGAUGCGGGAGUUAUCUGUGACUAUUCUGAGAAGAAAGCAUCGGGUAAUGGUCAUAAAGAGAUGCUCUCUUCUGGGUGUGGACUGAGAUUAUUGCAUCGUCGACAGAAACGGAUCAUUGGUGGAAACAAUUCUUUAAGGGGUGCUUGGCCUUGGCAGGCUUCCCUCCGGCUGAAGUCGUCCCAUGGAGAUGGCAGGCUGCUUUGUGGAGCCACCCUUCUGAGUAGCUGCUGGGUCCUGACAGCUGCUCACUGUUUCAAAAGGUAUGGUAACAACACGAGGAGCUAUGCAGUUCGAGUUGGGGAUUACCAUACUUUGGUACCAGAGGAGUUUGAAGAAGAAAUAGGGGUUCAACAGAUUGUGAUUCAUAGGAACUACCGGCCAGACAGCAGUGACUAUGACAUCGCCCUGGUUAGAUUACAAGGACCAGGGGAGCAAUGUGCCAGACUAAGCACCCAUGUUUUGCCAGCCUGUUUACCUCUCUGGAGAGAGAGGCCACAGAAAACAGCCUCCAAUUGUCACAUAACAGGAUGGGGAGAUACAGGGCGUGCUUACUCAAGAACUCUACAACAAGCGGCUGUGCCUUUACUCCCUAAGAGGUUUUGUAAAGAGCGUUACAAGGCUCUAUUUACCGGAAGAAUGCUCUGUGCUGGAAACCUCCAAGAAAACAACCGUGUGGACAGCUGCCAGGGAGACAGCGGAGGACCACUGAUGUGUGAAAGGCCCGAUGAGACCUGGGUUGUAUAUGGGGUGACUUCCUGGGGGUAUGGCUGUGGAAUCAAAGACACUCCAGGUGUUUAUACCAGAGUCCCUGCCUUUGUACCUUGGAUAAAAAGCAUCACCAAACUGUAAUUUAUGGAAAGCUCAAGAGGAGUAAAGAAAACUGAUGGGAAGUACCCAGUCUCUGUAUUUGGCAGCCAGCCAGG